CCGCUCUCCGGCUGUCCCUCUCUCAGAUCACAUCCCCACCACCAUUACCAGGUCUAAUCGUCAUUAACCCCGCAGCUCCCCCGCCCAUCGCGCGUCCCGUCCCGUCCCCAGCAACUCGGAGGAGCCUCCACCCUCGCCUCCUUCGCGCGCGGCGGCAAAAGGGAUCGUCCAUGGGCGAAGCGGCGGCGCUCCUCGUCGGAGCCGACCGCGCGGUGCCGUGGGCGGACAUGGAGACGGACUGCCUGGCGCACGUGUUCCGGCGGCUGGACCUCGAGGACCUGGCCGCGGCGGCCCCGCUCGUGUGCCGCGGCUGGCGCCGCGCCGCCGUCGACCCGUCCCUGUGGCGCGCGCUCGACCUGCGCCGCGACCACGUCGCGCGCUUCAUGCCCUGGGGCGCGCUGGCCGCCGCCUUCGCGCGCCGCUACGGCGUGCCGCGGUUCGCGCUCGCGGGCUUCCUCCGGCUCUGCGUCGCCCGCGCGCGGGGCUCCGCCGACGACCUCGCGCUCCCGCCGCUCCUCGCCUCGCCGGCCGCCGACCUCGACCGCAUUUCGCUCCAGUGCCCGAGGCUGCGGCGUCUGGCGCUCCCGCAGCUUCCCGCCGGCGACGAGGCGCGCCUGGCGGAGCUCGUCCCGCGGUGGCCGCUGCUGGAGCACCUGGAGCUCGACGCCAAGCCGUCGGCCUCCUUCCCCGCCCUCGCCGCGCAGCUCGGCCGGCACUGCCCGCGCUUCGCCAGCCUCAAGACCUCCGGCGCCGUCAAGCCCGAGGACGCCGCGGCGCUGGUGCGCUCCCUGCCCCGGCUCCGCUCGCUGUGCCUCGACCGGUCCUACCUGCCCCGGCAGGAGCUGCUGACCAUCCUCGCCGGCUGCCGGGGCCUGCGGGAGCUCAGCGCGCGGGGCUGCGUCGGCUUCGACGAGGGCGACGAGGAGGUGGCCAGGCGCGGGGCCCGGAUCGAGCGCUUCGACGUCGGAGGGUCCAAGAUGAUCGACGAGUUCCAGGACGAGCUUGCCGCCGGCGACGAGCUCUGCGACUCCUACGUCGACGUGAUGUGAUCUGUGUGCUUGCCCCGAUCGGUGGUGCUCGUGUUGUACGCUUUGCCGUGCACGGCUAGCUAGGGAGAAAGGGAGAGCGUAAUCAAUGCGCACUCAUGCUGUCAUUUGGUAAUCUGAUGGUUUCUAGAAGAGUUAUAAAUUAGAGGGAGGGACCGGCCGGUCUUUGUUUUGGGAUGGAUCUUUGUGUUCACACACUCAUGCUGUCAUUGCCUACCUUCUGGUUUGAUAUUUUGGUGUA